AUCAUUAUUAUGUUCUCUCUCUUCUUCAAGAGUACCCACCCAUGAGCCUUGUCCAUCUAAACCCAGAUAAAUAUGGAGUCUUAUUCUUCUUACUUUCCAUAUCAUUGCCCAAAAUAAAAACCCUUACCCUAUCAUUCUAAUUUUUUUUCUUCUUCUAGCUUCUCUUUAAGUCCUUAACUAGUAACUAGUUCCUUUCCAUUAAAAAUUUAUUAUAUGUGUAAAAAGCUGUUUUGAAUAAGCUACUUCACUAUAUCCCAUAAGAACAUAGCUAUAACUCUUGUGCUUUUUUGUUGUGAAAACAAGAAACUAGGGUUUCAAAUGUUUCCUUCUACUUAUUGCUCUUUAGGUUCUUACCCUAGUUAUAAUCCUAAUUCAUCUUCUUCUUCAUCUUCACAUUCAUACCCUCCUUUUACUUACCUUACCCCUGAUCAACAAAAUGCUUCUUCAAAUAACAACAACAACAAUAUCAACACUUUUCUUCAUGAUCCAACUAUUUCUGUUCCAUACACACAAACUUCACAUCAUCAUCAUCAUGUUCCAAUGAAUCCUGAAACUCUAACAAAUUGGGCUAUUGCUGAUUAUGCUGCAAUGUUGAAACAAGAUCUAAGUGGUUCUUCUUCUCAUUACAACUUCUCAAAUUUGCUUGCCAAAAAGCCGGUGAAGAAGCCGGCGAAGAAAGACCGGCACAGCAAGAUUCAUACAUCUCAAGGUUUGAGAGACAGAAGGGUGAGACUCUCCAUCGAGAUAGCGCGGAAGUUCUUCGAUCUUCAAGACAUGUUAGGGUUUGACAAAGCAAGCAACACACUUGAGUGGCUUUUCAACAAAUCAAAAGAAGCAAUUGAAGAGUUAACUAGAAGCAAAAACAAUAUAGCUUCCGGUGAGGAUGGUGUUGAUGAUCAUAGCUUCUCUUCUUCUUCGUCCGACGGAGAAGAAGACGAAGCGAGAAAAAUGAAAAGGGCACAGAAAGAAUCCUCAAGGAUGAAAGACUCAAGAGAAAAAGCAAGAGCAAGAGCAAGAGAAAGAACAAGUGAAAUGAAGAUUCAAGAUUUGAAGGAAAAGUACCCAGAAACUGAGCAUAAUCAACAACAAACUCUUCAUCAAUUGAUGCCGAACGACGAGGAAAAUUCGAAACUAGUUCAAAGAGAUGAUAUCUUUAACUUCAUAGAAGAAUCAAUUGUGAUUAAGAGAAAGUUGAAGAAAUCUUCUUCACAUCAUCAUCAACAAAACUCUAAUUUGAUGCCUAAGGAAGUAAAUUUUGAUCACAAUGACUCUCCAAUGUUAACACCAAAUUGGGAUACUAAUAAUAAUAAUAACAAUGCUGCUGCAAAUGGAAGAUCCAACUUUUCUACAAUAUCAAGAAUGAAUCUAUCAUCAGGGCUUCAGAUCUUUGGAAAAUCAUGGGAAGAAUGCAAUAACAGUCAAAAUAGAUAUUAGCUGAUGUAUACAUAUCAGCAUAUUCUGAGAUCAGAAUGAACUAUUCUAAAAGUGUUUUUAGAAGGAAUCAUUUUAUCAUUUGAAGACAUUUUAAUUUUUCUGCCCUAUUUUUCACUUUAGACAAUGUCUGUUUUUCUGUACUGAAUUUUUAUUGUUUUUGUUUUUCUCAAAGAUCAGCCAAGGGCAUGUGACAAUUUGGCUUCAAAAGAUAUAUAUGCUGCGUGUAUUAUUUCUAGCCAAUAUUUAAAGUGUGGUUGAUAUUAUAUAAAUUAUAUAAAUUAUAUAAAUUAUAUAUAUUACAGUUCAACUUUAAUUAUAUUAGAUUCUAUUAUAUUUUAUAUAAUUUUUAUUGUUGAAAAACUAUAGUUAACAUUAACUGACAUAUUGGAAAUAUUUAAGAAGCUGUAUCUAUUACAUAUAGCUAUAUACCACUUGGUGUUGGUGAUAAGAGAAGCAAGUACAGCAGAAUUAAAGAGCUUUUUGUUGCAGUGUGCAGGUUGAGUAAGAUUUACAUUUUGAAAUAUUUCUAAUUCUAUAGUAAGAAAUUCAAAUAAGCAAUUAAAAUCAAAUAUAAUGAGACAUAUAUAAUAAGAUUAUCUAUUUCAAAGGAAGCGUCUAUGUAAUCGGAUCUACGCUGGUACUAACUGAGCUGGAUUAACGACACUUGAAUAGUCUUUACUCGAUGGUAGAUUGUAUCGACAAAAAUUAUGAAAUGUUUUUUUUUCAAGAAUGGAAUUAUUUAUUUUUUCAACAGAAAAUCAUGAUUAUCAUCAAUUUGCUAGGAAAGGUUAAAGUACAGUAUUGUGAUCUUGGUAUCUAUGGUGGACCAAUUCUCUAUUGUGUUGGGAUCUACAUAUUAAAUGUUUGUUGUUGAUUCUACUGUGUGGUGUUUUGUUAUAGUGUCUCUAGUUUUGGAGUUUUGUUGUCUGAGAUGUUAUUUCACUUUUGGUUUCAGAUUACAUGAUUACACCGAUAUGGUUAGAAGAACUCCAUGCCUUGAAGAAAUUGAAAUGUACUUGAACCAACUUCGGCAGAUUGCUGAUGUUAACUGAUUCUGCAAUUUAUAUUACACGCUGCAAUUACAGAUGAUGAUAACUUCUUAUUCAUUUAAUGGUGAUUGCUGCCCUAUAGCAUGGUUUUAAGUUGCUAUUAUAGUUGCGGUUGCGAUUAUUGUAAUUAUUGUGACGGGUAUUACGACUGUUCCGACGUGAAUUUUAAUUGCAAGGUGUUAGAAAUAUAUCAUUAAAAACAUUUC